AUGGCGCCGGGGGCGGUGCGGAGCGGAGCCCGGGAGGCCAGCAACCGGCGCGGCGCAAUCGGGGGCGGCACCCGGGGGCCAGGCCCACGGGGGCACGGGCGACAGGCGCCGGGGAGCGCUGUCUGCGACGCGGGGGACACGGUGGCUCGGUGCCGAGUGGGGGCCACCCGGGAUGCGAGCCCCGGAGCUCGGUUUCGAGAUCCCGGCCCCGCGCGGCCCCUUACCCGCACCAGCUCAGCGGCCACCGCUUCGGUCCAGCGCAGCCUCUCAACCCGGAACCAGCCGAGCCGAGCUGCAAGGCGCCCCGGCUCCCUCUCCGCCCCCGCGGGCGGGACCCGAGCCGCUCCGCCCCCGCGGCGGGCGGGGGAGGGGCGGGGCCUCCAAGCUCCAGAUCCCGCCUGGCCUUCCCUGUGUUUCUGA